UCUCCCUUAACGGAAGUUGCAUGUGUUCCGGCAAACAUGUCACUGAAUGUCACUCUCGAGUUGAGUGGUGGAGCAGAGCUGCUGUUUAAUAAAGUCAAGAAACAUGAUGUGAAUCUCCCAGACAGAAAUGAGACAUGGAACAUGAGGAGGUUCCUCCCUUGGAUCCGAGACAACUUGCUGCAGGAACGUCCAGAAUUGUUUAUGCAAGGGGAAACUGUGCGACCAGGAAUCCUAGUUCUGGUGAACGAUGCUGACUGGGAACUGAUGGGAGAGCUGGACUACGAACUUCAGGACAAUGACAGGAUCGUGUUUAUCUCGACCCUACACGGAGGCUGACUGACCGAUGGGCGUCUCGGAACAUCUCAGUUGGGAUAUGACGGUGUGAAUGUGGCAGUGUGAAUGUUUCACAUUUCAGAGUGAAUGUUUCACAUUUCAGAGUGAAUGUUACACAUGUCAGUGUGAAUGUUUCACAUUUCAUUGAUCAUGUAAAAUAUCUCAUGAUGAGGAUAUGUGCAAACCUUUAACACUCUGAAUGGCGAAAGGUAAUAUCUAGGAUACUGUCAGUAAUUUUGCUGGAGUGUGACAAGAGGACUGUAAAGCUCAUGAAUACUGUCCUGAGAACCCUGUGGAGCCUGGGUUAGAGACUGUCCCCUUGAUGUACAGAGGUGGAUCAAUGACAAAGUAUGAAUGAACAAUAUAACAAGUUACUUAGGUGUGAUUUCACAGCAGUCCCUCCCCCCCCCUGUACAUGUACAAAAUUGAUGAC